AUGAACAAUCAGGCGCAACAACAACAACAGCAGCAACAGCAGCAACAGCAACAGCCAGCAGCUGGUGGAGGUCUCUUUGGACAAUCCAAUGCGAACGCAGCGCAGCCAGCGGCCACUGGAGGAUUGUUUGGGACGAAUGCGAAUACGGGAGGGCAACCUGCUACUGGUGGUGGAUUAUUUGGGACGAGCACGGCGGCACCCGCGACUGGAGGUGGGUUGUUUGGGACGAACACGGCACAACAGCCUGCUACUGGAGGCGGGUUGUUUGGGACGGGUGUGGCACAGCAGCCUGCUACUGGAGGUCUCUUCGGUACGAACACAAAUGCGGCUCAGCCUACCACUGGCGGUGGGCUCUUUGGGUCUAACGCGGCACAACCAGCGACGGGCGGAGGACUGUUUGGUACAAGCAACACGACCCAGCAGCAGCAGCCUGCUACUGGUGGUGGACUCUUUGGCACGAGCAUAACAACGCAGCCGACAACAGGGGGUGGUCUGUUCGGGAUAACCAACCAGAAUAACCAACAGCAGCCGGCAGCUCCUAGCGGAGGUCCCUUUGGUACAAAUCCUUCGGCUUCGAACACGACCAGCGGCGGUCUGUUCGGAAAUAAUCCAAAUGUUGGGACAUCAACACCCAUUGGUGGCGGCGGCCUUUUUGGGUCCGUACGAGCUCCGCAAGGGACUGGCACGCUCUUUGGGGCCGCAGGCGCGCAGACACAGCAGCCACAGGCCAGUUCGUCGCUGCUCAGCUCAACCACUCAACCGCAAGGGUCGGGGUUACUUGGUGGGAGCCUGUUAGGCACGAGGUUCGGUGGUGGCCCGAUGUUGGGUAGCUUAUUUGCGAACAAGGGCACUACUGUGCCAGCUCAGCAGCAGGCGGAUGCUCAGACACAGUUCGCACAACUGCAGCAGCGGAUUGAAGGCGUCUUUCACGCUUACAAACCUGAUUCCCCUCUGAAUCGAUUCCAGCAUUACUUUUAUAACCUGGUAGAUCCUGCGCAGGUGCAUUUAUAUGGGCGGCCUGCGAAUGCCACGAACGAGGCGCUAUGGCAGAAGGCCGUCCGCGAAAACCCGGAUCCUAGUUGUCUCGUCCCUGUCCUCGCGACGAGCUUCGACGACUUGCAGAAGCGAGUAGAAGCGCAGGCGAAUCAGGCGAGCUUGCACCAGCAAAAGCUCAAGGAGCUGCAAUCUCAAAUCGAGAAACUCUCCGAGCGACACGAGUUGUCCAACGCCUCGCGUCUACACCGGGCCACGUCCGCACAGACGCAGCUGACGCAUCGGCUUUUGAAGCUCGUGCAGCACCUGCACCUGCUUAUCCCCGCAUUGCGAUCAUCGUCGAUACGGCCCGAGGAAGAGGCGUUGCGGGCGGCGCUGGAGGAGAUCGACGGCGAGAUCCGGCGGCCGGGCGGGAUGAGCAGGAUCGUCGGAAAGUUGAACGAGCUGUGGGCGGUGGUCGGCGCAUUGAGCGCGGUGCGCGGUGGGAAUUCUCGGCUGAACGGGUCCGCGGACGGGGUGUCGUGGGCGGUCGUGGACGAGGAUGGUUUGAAUCACAUCGUUCAGAUUCUGGCCGAGCAGCAGGCAGGACUUGCGCACUUGACGAAGAUUUUGCAGAAGGAUAUGAAGGACGUUGCUGUCAUUUACGGGGAAGGAGAGGAUGUGCAGCGGCCGGAGGAGUCUGGGCGGUCGGAUCUUUUAUCGAGCUUUUCACAGACGCUGCGGGGAAGCACAUUACGUUAGUUGGGCGUUCUCUGUUUCGCCGUGCGUACGGACAGAUGUAUGUUGAAAUCAGGCAGGAAUGUAUGUACUUUGAGACGCUGC